UUUAAAUCUCUAAAUGCACCUCAAGUAAGUUCUCUCGUUUGUUUGCCCUCACCUUCUUGCUUCGUCCAUUGUCACUCCAUCCGCUGUUCACAUGAACUUCGCUGUCAACACCUUGCUUUUGUUGACCUUGCUGGUGUAGUUACUUUCGUUACAGAGGAUGUCUAACUUAGAAGAACCCAACGGGAGUAGCCGCGUGGCAUCAAGACAUGGCGGCGGAGACAAGGACUGUUUGGUAGUGACCAGCCGAGAAGCACUUGGAUCACGCGAGGAAGCCACGUCUGGUGGAAGAAGAGGACCGAUCAUCACCGUGGACGGUGAGGACAAGGGUAUUUCUGGCAAUGAUAGCAUGAGAAGUAAUUUGAUGAAAGUCGACGACCCGAGGGGAGUCGCCCAUCGUCACAAACGAAGCCGCAACGAGAUUCCACCAUCGAGCGUGGAGGACGAGUUUGAGAUGACCAAUGACGAGUCCGUAGAGCAUCUUUUGGUGUGGCUCAACGUGAACAACUGGUUUUAUGGCAUUGAUGAGGUGAUUACAGCAGCCAUGGAGCGAGCAGUGCAACGAGCCAACCAACAAGCGACUACUACAAGAGGCUCUGGUUCCGAUGCUGCCAUAGCGCGCGUGAUUCAGUUUGAUGACCUCUUCCAACGAGAGAUUAGCCAGCAGACCUCCACGUUGAUCCAAAGGGCACUCCAGGUGACAUUGCGGCCAAAUACAACGCAGCACUUCCAGCUUACGCUCAAUGACCGAGUGAGGCACGAAAUAGAACGCAGGAUUGAAGAGGCCAUCGAGCAAGAAAUCAAGCAAGAAGAGAUGGAAAUCGUGAGAGAGGAACAAACCAAGGCGGACCGGGACACUUCUCUCCAAGUCCAAAAGGCCGAGAUGGAGGAACUCUGUCAUGUUCAUGAGACCCAUAUAAGCCUUGUCCGUCACGAGGAGACGACGCGACGCUUGAGACGAGAGGAAAAGGAAGGCUUCACAGAGUGCCGAAGGGAAGAAACGUGCGCCAUUUGUCAAACAGAGUUUGACUUUGCCAAGGAAGAGAAGCAGGGUAUUCUUUGGUGUUUCAGCCUACAUUAUUAUUGCGCCGAGUGCGCUGCGGUCUUCUGCAAAUCUAUCACGGGAGAUUUGCACUCGAACUAUCCACCCAACUGUGCCAUAUGCCGUGUCUCAAUGCCCAAGUUGCAAUUCGAAGCUCUACUUACCGACAAACAACUGGCGGCUCUCAAAUGCCACGGAACGAAAAAGACGAUGUCUCGUCGAAAUGUGCUCGUACAAUGCACCAUGUGCUCCCAUUUUGAAUCCUUCCUGAAACCAGGCCCGGCUGCGUGGAGAUGCAAAGCGUGCCACCAUGGCACCUGCUUUGUCUGCAAUAAGGAUCUUCCCGGGCUAUUCUCCAACGGCGAAGGCGAAUCAAAAACAGACCACCGGCUUUGCAAGGCCUUGCGGGGCGUCAAGGAGAAGAUCGAAAAGGCGAUCGAAGAUGGAUUUCAGGUAGAGUGUCCCUCCUGUGGGCUUUCGGGACGAAAGGACGACGCAUGCUUGCACAUGAAAUGCCCUCGUCCCGAGUGUGGCGUUGAGUAUUGCUAUCUCUGCGGUUUGUCGGUCUAUGAUUGCGAUAAGGCACCACCUGAUGAAGAAGAUGGAGAGGAGAAUGACAUCUAUCUUCACAAUAGGGACUGGGGGAUCAAUCCGAAACGAUGCCCCAUGUAUCUCACCCAAAUUUUAGAGGUCGACCUGUCUUGGCUCGGGGUAGAUUGGGAAAACAAUGCGAGUGAUGGCGACUUUGAAGACGACAACAUUUGCCUCGACCAUUUCCAUCGUUUCAGAACCAUACAACAACUGCAAGAAGUAAUGGAUGAAGUGGGGGAACACGAUUUCACAGCUGUCUUCGAGCACUUUCCUUCGAUCAAGGCGUCGGGAUACAACGUCGACGUCGUCAAGAACACGAAGACCGACAAGCUCAUUGACCGUGAACACUACAUUCGCCACAGAGUCGAAAGCGACGACGCUGAAGCGGACCACGGGGAGGAGAACAAUCGGGAUGACGAUGGAGAUUCAGAAGGAGAAGAGGACGAUGAAAUCUUUGAGGAAGUUCCCGAAGAAAUGACUAGAGCGGUUUUGGUCGAAGAAGAGCAGGUUCGACAGGCGAUGGCAGCGUCACUCGAGGCGGCGCAGAACGCUCGAGGCGACGAGGGGCCGACAGCAAACCUUGAAGGUGUACCAAUCAUGAGGUUCGGCUAAACCAGCGUCGAACCCAAGCUAGUAGAGCAUCGGAAGGCAGGCACAAGCAUGAAUACAGCUCCACAUGUUGAGCUUAGGACAAGGCACUUAGCCAAAAGUAUAUUAUAAAUUGCGUAUACACGUGCUAGUAGACUCAAAGCAUAUCUUGCUACCCCUGCAUUCCAAUCCGAAAUCUAGUAGGGACUUGUUUUGCCUUUGGUCUUGCUGUUUUGUCCUCUUGGAGAAACGAAACUUGUAAAAUAGGUACAGCAGCGAAGCGUGAGCAUGGAGACCAAAAG